UAGAGAUCCGUUGACGAAGAAAACGCCGAAGCGGACUUCUUCCACGCGCUAUCCACCACCACACUCCCUUCGUUAUAAAAUCUCCAUUGGUCGUUCGGACAAAAGAAACCAAACCACCUCCGCAACAUUCCACAUCAAGAAGAAGAAAGAUGCACGAUUUCUGCUUCACUAUCCCGUACGGGAUGCUCCUGAUGGUCGGGGGAUCUAUGGGUUAUUUCAAGAAAGGAAGCAUCGCAUCUCUCGCUGGAGGCGCAGGCACCGGAUUCCUCGUCCUUCUCGCUGGUUACAUCACCCUUAAGGCUUUCGAGAAGAAGAAGAAGUCUCCUGUUUUCGCUGUCGUUCUCCAGACAGUUAUUUCAGCUGGUCUCACAUUCGUCAUGGGACAACGGUACUUGAAAACUCAGAAGAUCAUGCCGGCUGGUUUGGUUUCUGGGAUCAGUGGUCUCAUGACAUGUUUCUACCUGUACAAGAUUGCAACUGGUGGCAACCACAUACCAACAACAACGAAAGCUGAAUGAUUGUUAUGCACUCUGGUUUUAGAUAUGGUAUCCUCCACUUGUUGAGAUUAAGUAUAUGAAUUUUUCGAUUUAAUACACUAUGUAUGGUAAAGGUUUGUGUAUCUUGGUCUUUAGGUGGACAUGUUUUGUUUUCUGCAUCUGAGAUUAUAGUUUCCAAUGUAACCAUGACUAGCUUUUAAUAGAUGUAAUUUUCUUGGUUCA